CGGGACCGACUGCCUUAGGGGGAGUUCUAAUACAGGCAGACAUGGAAGGAAAGGAAAGACCCUUGCGAUUUGARAGCCGAACUCUCUGUACGACGGAGAGGAACUACUCUCAGUUCAAGAGGGAGACCCUUGCUGUCCUUCACUGUCUGCGAAUCUUCCGGAACUAUAUCUUCGGCAGGAGGUUCAUUUUGAGAGUGGAUCCGACCGCCCUGGCCUACUCUCUAAGGAAUUACGUUCCAUCGGAUCCAACGGUUGCCAGAUGGCUGACGUACAUCUGGAUGUUCAAUUUUGAGUUGGAACGGAUUCCUGGCAGCAAGAACCGGGCGGACGGGCUAAGUCGGAUUAACUGGGAUAGACAGGAAGGGGAAGCGGUGGAGAAUACACCCCCAGUUGAUGGAUUUCUGGAUCAGGAAGAAGAUGUUCGUCUCCAUAUCAAUAAGUGGUCGCCGCGAGUGCCCAGCUGUGUAGGCUAUCCUAUCUGGCGAGCGCCGAAUGGAUAUGAGAGGGGGACCGAGUUAGUCCUCAAACCUUUUAAGGAAGAGGAUCCCUGGGGCGGUAAGGAUGUUCAGUGGAUGAUGGAGCUAGCGCUGGCCAGCUCGCACAGCCUGGUGGAGGAUAUGAGAACGAUUGAAGAAGGACCUGGCCAGGUUGAACGGCAUGAGGACCUGACAGGAGGAAUGUAUCUCCUCGUUAAUACGUUAUUGCAGGAAAGCCUAGACCAGUCAGACUCGUUGAACCCGGCAGAGGAUGUGAACGAAGUGCCCGAGAGCCAGGACGACGAGUUCGAGGAAGGGGAAGUUAAGGAGGCAUUUCGUGCAGAGGAGUACGACGGGAUCUACCUAGAACUGGGGCUUCUUCUGUCAUGUGAAAUACGACUUAGGGAUGCAAGCGAUAGAGCUCAUAGGAUGAUGCAGUGGUAUCUAGUGCGAGACGGCCACCUUUUCGUGAGAAGAGAAGUGAGAAAUCCUAGGAGAGUCGUCUGCGGUAGGAAUCGUCAGAUCGACGUCAUAGCUGCGCUUCAUGAUGGCAUUGCGGGAGGGCACCGAGGGAUACAAGCUACGUAUGCUAAGAUAAGCGAGCUCUACUAUUGGGAUGGAAUGAUGGACAUGGUCGGGAAGUUCUGCCGAUC